AUGUCUCCGAUUAAACCAUACUGCAUUAGCAUCUCACCGGAAAAAAUCGACGAUCUCAAGCUUCGGCUGCGCAAUGCUCGAUUACCCGAUGAACCCGAUGAAGCCGGCUGGGACCUCGGGGCUCCUGUCAGUGAGGUGAGCAGGUUCCUAGCGUACUGGAGAGACCACUUUGACUGGGCCUCCGCGGAAAGAAAGCUGAACCAUCUGCCACACUUUACCACCGAGAUCGAGGUGGCCGGAUUUGAUCCGCUGAAUAUACACUUCUUGCACCAGCCCUCACCUGUUCCCAACGCAAUUCCUCUUUUGUAUGUACAUGGCUGGCCUGGCUCAUUUCUCGAAGGAUCGAAGAUCAUUCAGAACCUUUCCGGUGACGGUAUCUCAGACCCAGCCUUUCAUGUGGUUGGGAUCUCCCUACCCAACUUUGGGUUCAGUGAAGGACCGAAGAAGAGAGGCUUUGCUCUUGAGCAAUACGCGGAGACAUGUCAGAAUCUGAUGCAAAAGCUGGGAUACAGUGAGUAUGUGACUCAGGGAGGCGACUGGGGAUAUUACAUCACCCGGACGAUGGCGCUUCUGUAUCCCCACUCGGUCAAAGCGACGCACAUCAACUUCGAUUAUGGAGGCUCAGCCCCUACGUUUUGGAAGUAUCCUCUACUUGCAAUUGAGCAUGCCGUGACACCAUAUACCGAGAGAGAGAAGAAGGGCCUGGAGCGUCGCAAAUGGUUCGCAGAGGAGAGUUCAGGAUACCGGUCUUUACAAGCGACGAAACCGACGACUCCAGCCUACGCAUUGGCUGACAGUCCUGUUGCAUUACUGGCUUGGCUCUAUGAGAAACUUCACGAUUGGUCCGACAACUACCCUUGGACUGAAGAAGAAGUCUGUACAUGGAUCAGUAUCUACUGGUUCAGUACAGCUGGCCCCGGUGCAUCUCUGCGAAUAUACUAUGAGUCCACACAUGAUUGGAAGAACAGUGGACCAAACAAGGUGACUCGAGCCCGAACAAGCGAAUGGAUCGGUUCGGUCAAAUUAGGGUAUAGCCAUCUGCCCAUGGAGCUGCGCAAUGUUCCAAGUACUUGGACCAGGAAGCUCGGCCCGACUGUAUUCGAUCGUCAAAAUGAUCGUGGGGGCCAUUUCUUUGCUUGGGAAGUCCCAGAAUCCCUGAUAAAGGAUGUGCGAGAUAUGUUUCGAACUGGUGGAGGCGCUCAUGGGGUUGUUCCAGGUCACAAUGGUUAUAUCUCUUGA